AUGGCCACGCUGGCCAGGCUGCAGGCUCGGUCCGCGGCUUUAGCGCAUCAGUACUACUUUAGGAACAGUGUUGUGGAUGUGUUCCGGAAGAAGGAGAAUGACGCGGCAGUUAAAAUCCAGAGCUGGUUCCGAGGGUGCCGAGUCCGGGCGCAUAUCAGGUAUUUAAACAGAAUAGCAACCACUGUUCAGAAAUGGUGGCGAGGCUACUUAGGAAGACAGCACUGUCAACUCAUUGUAGAGAUAGCAUAUUGUGCUAUGAAGAUGAAUAUCUACAAUGCAAUGGCUGUCAGGAUCCAGAGGUGCUGGCGAGGCUAUCGGAUCCGGAAACACUGCUUCGAUUAUGUCUGCUUGAAGGAGUACCUGAGAGCUGUCUCAAAGACCAAUGACUCAGUUAUGGAGGCUCUGGAGGAGUUCGCGGAGAUCAAAGAAAGAGAAGAGAGGGAGGCUGCCCUGCAAAGGGAGAAGAAGAAAAAAGAUUACCAAGCCCGAAAGAUGCAUUACCUCCUCAGCACGAAGCAGAUUCCAGGUAUCUACAACUCACCGUUCCGGGAGGAGCCGGACCCCUGGGAGCUGCGGCUUCAGCAGGCGAAGCCUUUGGUGCGCAAGCGGCCACGAGGGCAGCUGCAGCGGCCCACCAGUCUGACCAGCUGGCUGGCGUGCACCAGCGCCCGGUCCUUCCCUCGCUCCGACGUCCUGCCGCCCAUCAACAGGAAGCAGUGCCAGGGUCCCUUCCGAGACAUCGCUGAGGUGCUGGAACAGCGCUACAAGCCCCUGGAGCCGACGCUGCGGGUGGCUGAGCCGGUCAACGGGGUGAAAGAGGCCAGGGCGGAAUUCAGGAGACAGGAGGAGGCGAGGAACGUCCAGGACAAAAUGUUUUUGCCUUUCACCUCCUACCACAAGAAGGAAAAGUACAUCCCGUCUGUGCAUUUAUCGAGCAAGUGUGGCUCCAGUGCUUACGGGUGUCAGAGUUUCAGAGACGAAAAUCCUGAAAAAUGGAUCUGCGGCAAGGAUUUCCAAACCGUCUUACCAUCAUUUGAUCUCUUCUCCACGUAUGGAAAAUCGUAUUCAAAAGCUGGACAAAUUUUAUAAAGAAAAUAAAAGAAGACAAAAUGUAAAAAUGAGGUUAAGGUGUGAAGUGAUUAUGGAGUAGAAGACCCCUGCCUGGCUGAGCAACCAAGAUACCAGUGUCUCAGCCUCUGAAGCCCCUCCC